AUGGCUGCUGUAGAAAACAUGUUCAACUUGACAGAGUUAAAAGAAUUUCAGAGGCCUGCUUUGGAUCAUUUAUUGAAAGGAAUCGAGGUAUUUCUGAGUGUGAAAACAGGCGCCGGGAAGUCUAUCUGUUACCAAGCUUUCCAUCCUAUGUGGAUGAAGAUGAACCCAGGCUGUCGGUACACAGUUCUCGUGGUAUGCCCUUUGAUCAGCAUAACGAAAGAGCAGACUGAUUAUUUGACAGGCCUAGGAUUUUCAGCAACAUACAUUGGUAAGGAUGUGAAAGAAGUCGAUGAUAUUAAAAGAGGCGACUACAGUUUUAUUUUUUCAUCGUCAGAGGCUGUUGUUGGCAAUCCCGAGUGGAGGGCAAUGCUUCUUGGUCCCGCAGGAGAGAGUGUUCGUCUUCUAGUUAUCGACGAGGCACAUACAGUCAUGCACUGGUAA